AUUGUUUUUAUGUGUUUAAUGUAGACAAUUGUUUCCCAUCCUAAGUCGAAUCCAAUGAAGUAUCCCUUACUCUAUUUAAGUAAAUUACUUUUGUCCAAUUAAGUUGGUGUGAUGUCGACUGAACUCUCAAAUGUUAUGAUGGUUCUCUUGAGAUUGUUACUUCCAUAACCUGUGUAGAGUAUUACCUGUAGUCAGUACAAACUCAAUUAUCCGAACUAGACGGGCGAGAAGUAUUUUGUUCGAAUAAUUGAUUUUUUUUUCGGAUAACUGAUCCGAAAAUAAACCAAGGACAGUAUAUACAGGGGAGCAUGUUUACAUGUUCUAGGUUUUUACUCCAUUCAAUUAAUUUAAUAUAUAUAAAGGCAUUGGAUAUUGUAGAUUUUUUGAUAUGUUACUAAUUAGUCAUGUUACAAGUUAUUUGAAUUAGCUUUCCGUAAUUGUAAAAAGUAAAUUUCUCAAUCGUCGGUCUUGCUUGACACCGGACACUUGCUUUUCCGAUGUUGUUAUCUCACGCUUUCUUUGAUGCCUUUUUCAUGAUCCAGACCCUAGAAAAUCUCCACGGACAUGUUAAUGGCAACAUCGAUCUCUUGUAAUAGAUAUGUUACCAGGAUAAUGUCAUAGAAGGAAUGAAGGAACCAGUGCUUUCCCCAUUAUUGACAGAUUUCCAGAUGAAAGAAUUUCUGCAGAGGAUACUGCAAGUCAGCAGUGCUGGGAUAGAGAUUUAUCUACCAACUAAUAUCUUAAUAGAGUGAAAGAAAACUGUAAAAUUUAACUGAGAGAAUGUAUCAGAAAGGGAGCAAACGUUACAAAUGUGGCAUUUGUGGUAAAGUACUUACUACAAAAUGUAAUUUAGCUAUUCAUAGGCGCACUCAUACUGGGGAAAAGCCAUACCACUGUGAAGUAUGUGAGAAGGCAUUCUCUGUAAAAGCUUAUUUAACAGAACACAAACGUACACAUACAGGAGAGAAACCAUUUCACUGUGAAAUAUGUGGAAAAUCAUUUUCUGAUAAAGGUUAUAUAAAGAUUCACAAACGUACACACACAGGGGAGAAACCGUACAACUGUGAAAUCUGUGGCAAAGCAUUUUCACAGUUUCAUAAUGUGAGAAGUCAUCAACUUAUUCACACUGGAGAAAAACGAUACCAUUGUGAAAUCUGUGGCAAGCCAUUUUCUCGACUUGGUAAUUUAUCAAGACAUAAACGUACUCACACUGGAGAGAAGCCAUACAGGUGUGAUGACUGUGGGAAAGCUUUUUCUAAUGUGAGUGAUUGUGAAAAACACAGAGGCGUGCACUCAAAACCUUACCACUGUGAAAUCUGUGAUAAAACAUUUUCUGUGAAAGAGUCUUUAACAGUCCACAAACGAGUUCACACUGGAGAGAAGCCAUAUGCUUGUGAAGUAUGUGGGAAAGGAUUUACAAGUAGUGGUACCUUAAUAAGGCAUAAACGUACUCACACAGGGGAAAAACGACACCGCUGUGAAAUCUGUGGGAAAUCAUUUCCUGAAAAAUAUGUCUUAACAUUACACAAACGUAUUCACACAGGAGAGAAACCAUAUCACUGUGAAGUUUGUGGAAAAGACUUUUCUGAUAGGUGCAGCUUAAAGAAACACAAUCGUAUUCAUACUGGAGAAAAACCACAUCACUGUGAAAUCUGUGGCAAAGCAUUUUCACAGUUUCAUAAUGUGAGAAGUCAUCAACUUAUUCACACUGGAGAAAAGCGAUACCAUUGUGAAAUCUGUGGCAAGCCAUUUUCUCGACUUGGUAAUUUAUCAAGACAUAAACGUACUCACACUGGAGAGAAGCCAUACAGGUGUGAUGACUGUGGGAAAGCUUUUUCUAAUGUGAGUGAUUGUGAAAAACACAGAGGCGUGCACUCAAAACCUUACCACUGUGAAAUCUGUGAUAAAACAUUUUCUGUGAAAGAGUCUUUAACAGUCCACAAACGAGUUCACACUGGAGAGAAGCCAUAUGCUUGUGAAGUAUGUGGGAAAGGAUUUACAAGUAGUGGUACCUUAAUAAGGCAUAAACGUACUCACACAGGGGAAAAACGACACCGCUGUGAAAUCUGUGGGAAAUCAUUUCCUGAAAAAUAUGUCUUAACAUUACACAAACGUAUUCACACAGGAGAGAAACCAUAUCACUGUGAAGUUUGUGGAAAAGACUUUUCUGAUAGGUGCAGCUUAAAGAAACACAAUCGUAUUCAUACUGGAGAAAAACCACAUCACUGUGAAAUCUGUGGCAAAGCAUUUUCUCAAAAUGGGACUUUAAAAAGACACAGACGUAUUCACACAGGAGAGAAACCAUAUCACUGUCUAAUAUGUGGGAAAGAAUUUUCACAUAAGAGCAGCUUAACAGAACAUACACGUAUUCAUACUGGGGAAAAGCCACACUACUGUGAAAUCUGUGGCAAAGCAUUUUCUGAAAAAUCUGUCCUAUUAGUUCAUAAACGCACUCAUACUGGAGAAAAACCAUAUCACUGUGAUGUUUGUGGCAAGGAAUUUUCCAAUAGUGGCAGCUUAAAAGGACAUAUACGUACACACACUGGAGAGAAAUCACAUCACUGUGAAAUCUGUGGCAAAGCAUUUCCUAACGUGAGGUGUUUAAUAAGACACAUUCAUACCCAUACUGGGGUAAAACUGUGAUAUUUGUGGGAAAUCAUUUACACGCAGUGAUUAUGUAUGUAUUCAUAAAUGUACUUUUAAUGAUGGAGAUAAACCUAACCACUGACUUUUGUAGGAAAGCAUAUUAUAAAACCAUUUCGUUGUGAUAUUUGUAUUAAAGAAUCUAUGUGUAUGAAUGUUAUUAAAUUACUAUAAUUGUU